AUGGCGGGGGCGGUGUCGGCGCUGUUCCUGCUCGACAUCAAGGGCCGCGUCCUCGUCUGGCGCGACUACCGCGGCGACGUCACCGCGCUCCAGGCCGAGCGCUUCUUCACCAAGCUGCUCGACAAGGAGGUCAGUGCGCCCGUCCUCCUUCUCCUCUCAGAUCUGUGCAGCAUCGGAUUGCGGUCUGAGCUCUGCCCUGCUUCCGCUUCCCGUGGUCACCAGGGCGACGCGGAGGUCCACUCGCCCGUCGUCCACGACGGCGCCGGCGUCUCCUACACCUUCAUCCAGCACAACAACGUCUUCCUCCUCACCGCCGCCCGCCAGAACUGCAAUGCCGCCAGCAUCCUGCUCUUCCUCCACCGCCUCGUCGAUGUGUUCAAGCACUACUUUGAGGAGUUGGAGGAGGAAUCUCUGAGGGACAACUUCGUCGUCGUGUAUGAGCUACUUGAUGAGAUGAUGGACUUUGGCUAUCCGCAAUACACAGAGGCGACGAUCCUGAGUGAGUUCAUUAAGACCGAUGCAUACAGGAUGGAGGUCACACAGAGGCCACCCAUGGCAGUGACGAAUGCCGUGUCAUGGCGGAGCGAGGGGAUUCGAUACAAGAAGAAUGAAGUGUUCUUGGAUGUGGUUGAGAGUGUCAACAUUCUUGUCAAUAGCAAUGGGCAGAUUGUGAGAUCUGACAUCAUCGGUGCGCUGAAGAUGCGGACAUUUCUGAGUGGAAUGCCGGAGUGUAAACUUGGGUUGAAUGAUAGAGUUCUUUUGGAAGCUCAAGGCCGAGCAACUAAAGGAAAAGCAAUAGAUCUGGAUGAUAUCAAAUUUCAUCAGUGUGUUCGGUUGACCAGAUUUGAGAAUGAUAGGACUAUAUCAUUCGUUCCUCCGGAUGGAGCUUUUGAUCUAAUGACUUACCGACUCACCACACAGGUGAAGCCUCUGAUCUGGGUAGAAGCACAAGUUGAGAAGCAUUCAAGAAGCCGGAUAGAGAUCAUGGUGAAGGCAAGGAGCCAGUUCAAGGAAAGAAGCACGGGAACAAAUGUAGAAAUUGAAGUACCUGUACCCUAUGAUGCCACAAACCCAAAUAUAAGGACUUCAAUGGGUUCUGCGGCAUAUGCACCCGAGAGAGACGCAAUGGUCUGGAAAAUUAAAUCAUUUCCUGGUGGCAAGGAAUAUAUGUGUAGAGCAGAAUUUAGUCUUCCCAGCAUAACCUCGGAAGAAGCAACCCCUGAAAAGAAGGCCCCAAUACGUGUGAAAUUUGAGAUACCAUAUUUUACUGUUUCAGGCAUUCAGGUUCGUUAUCUGAAAGUGAUCGAGAAAAGUGGAUACCAGGCCCUCCCUUGGGUUCGGUACAUCACGAUGGCUGGUGAAUAUGAGCUGAGGCUUAUCUGA